AUGGACAGCCCCAGCAAUGCCACCAUGCCUGGCGGCUUUCUCCUGCAGGGCUUUGCUGAGUUCCCGCACCUGAGGCCCGCGCUCUUCCUGCUGCUGCUGGUUGUGCAUCUGGCCACGCUGAGCGGGAACCUGCUCAUCCUGGUGGCCGUGGCCUCAGUACCCAGCCAGCCGCCCAUGCUACUCUUCCUCUGCCAGCUGUCAGCCAUCGAGCUCUGCUACACGCUGGUGGUGGUGCCCCGCUCCCUGGCCGACCUGGCCUCGCCGGGCCUCAGCCGCGGCAGCCCCAUCUCCUUCCUGGGUUGCGCUGUUCAGAUGCAGAUGUUCGUGGCUCUGGGCGGGGCCGAGUGCUUCCUGCUGGCCUCUAUGGCCUAUGACCGCUAUGUGGCCAUCUGCCACCCGCUGCGCUACGCGGCUGUGGUGACCCCUGGGCUGUGUGCGCGGCUGGCCCUGGCCUGCUGCCUCGGGGGACUGGCGGUGUCCUUGGGGCUCACGGUGGCCGUCUUCCACCUGCCUUUCUGCGGCUCCCGCCUGCUGGUGCAUUUCUUCUGCGACAUUACAGCGCUGCUGCACCUGGCCUGCACGCAGAGCUACGCCGAGGAGCUGCCCCUGCUGGGCGCCUGCCUGGCGCUGCUGCUGCUGCCCUCCGCGCUCAUCCUGGCCUCCUACGGCGCCAUCGCCGCCGCCCUGCGCCGCCUGCGCUCCCCACGAGGCAGGCGCAAGGCCGCUUCCACCUGCGCCUCGCACCUGGCCGUCACCUUCCUCCACUAUGGCUGCGCCACCUUCAUGUACGUGCGGCCCAAGGCCAGCUAUUCCCCACGGCAGGAUCGCACGCUGGCGCUGGUCUACACCAACGUCACGCCACUGCUCUACCCGCUCAUCUACAGCCUGCGCAACCGCGAGAUCACCGCUGCCAUCCACAGGGUGCUGGGGCGGUGGCAGCCCCGCCGAGCCCCGGGUCACGGUCUGGGUGAGCCCUGA